UUCCCUCCAGUCAUCGCUAGUUAUCCAACAUGAAGGUUAUUGUAAUUGCCGUGUUCUUCUGUGUCGCUUCCGCUCAAUCUGUUUACUACCCAGAGGCAACAUACGAAACAGAAUACCGUGCACAGCCGUACAGUUUCUCAUGGGAAGUCAACGAUGCUGCUUCCGACAACAAUUACGCUCACACUGAGGUUAGUGACGGUAAGGUAGUUUCCGGCUCUUACCGUGUCGCUCUUCCCGAUGGCCGCAUGCAGAUCGUCACGUACAAAGAUGACAGCUACGGAUACGUUGCGGAUGUCAAAUACGAAGGUGAAGCUAAGUAUCCCGAGUAUAGACAGCCUUACUCUGCGCCUGCCUACAAAGCUCAGGCUUACCAAACACCUGCACCGGCCUAUCAAACUCCAAUUGCACCGACCUACCAAGUCCCCAUUAAACCCGCCUACGAAGCUCCCACUACACCCGCCUACGAAGCUCCGGCUCCAAUAUACAGAGCUCCAGCCCCAACCUACAAAACGCCAGUCUAUGAAGCUACUACUCCAUCCUACAAAGCUCCUACUCCGGUCUACAAAGCUCCUACUCCGGUCUACAAAGCUCCUACUCCGGUCUACAAAGCUCCUACUCCGGUCUACAAAACUCCUACUCCGGUCUACAAAGCUCCUACUCCGGUCUACAAGGCUCCAAUUGUUCCUGCCUAUAAGCCUGCCAUUUCUAAACCAUACGAUGCUCAGUCUUCUCCAUCCUAUAAGAUUCCUGAAUACAUCGUUCCUUCCUACAGGCCUGUAACAACUGUUGCACCUGUUUACACGCCACCCUCUACACCUUCCUCGGCUAUUUACAGUUCCCCUGCACCACUACCUUUACUUUACAGGACACCUGCAAAACAAGCGACAUAUUCUGCAAUCUAACAUAAAAUGUCGCGAAUAUUCAUUCCUAUUGUGCCACAAUCCUUAUCAAACCUAAACCUCACGAUUGUAAGCGUGUAGCUUGCAUUGUCUUGUACCCCAAAGAGGAUUAGAUGCCAUCAUAUGUGUACAUUUACGUUAUUCAGAGCAAUAUAAAAUAUUAU